AUGGACCCCCGCAACAAGCAGCUCCCGCGUGUUGUGGAGGUGUCAGGGGAUCAGCGUAAUCGAGUCCAGCGCCUUUACGAAACAAUUGAGCACCUCUCGCGGCGGUGCCGUCAUCUCGAAAACACAAACGAGCGGAGGUCUGUCGUUAUCGACGACCUUCGCGCACGCGUCACCCGCCUGGAGGAGCUUUUUGGCAAGAGCCAGGGCGAGAUGGCCUACGCUCAGCAGCAGCUGGAAUUUGUUGUGAUGGGCUUAGAGAGUCAGCAUGGCAUCGUUUCUGAUCACACAGAGCAGCUGCGCCUCUUCGCCGACGAGUCCACCCAUCGCGGCUGUGCAACAGUGCAAGGUAGCGCGCAACGCUCGCUCCUGCUGCUCAUCGGCAAUUGGCUCUACACACCUGUGGUGCACUUCGCCAAGGGCAUGUACACCAUCUUAUCCCCCAUCAUCACCACCGCGCAGUCGCUUUCUCUGCUGAACUCCGAUGUGCUCCACCGCAACUCCAGCAACCGCCCUCGCUGGGGCGCAGCGAAGAAGGGCGACUUACUCGCUAUGCUGCAGCGUGGCGCGCUGGACCCCGACUCGGCUGCUAACCGAAAGUGA